AUGGAAGUAAUGAGAAAAGAAGCUGUUCUUCAUCACUUUAGCCAUGACCAUCCACUGGGACUCACAAACUCGGCCCCUGCGCAAAAUGCUCGGUGUUUCGGAUGCAAACUAUGUCUCCUCCCAGGAACAGACUACUACCACUGCAAGAGCUGCCCUUUUCUCCUGCACCGGCUCUGCUUCAACAUGCCGAGGAAGCUGCAACUUCCCGCCCAUCCAGAUCACUGCUUGACCCUGCUCGCACCGUCCUCAUCCUUCCGAGGCAACUCAACUUGCAAGGCCUGCGAACAGCAGGUCAAUGGUUCUUUUCACUACAGCUGUGCCGUGUGUAGUGUUUCUUAUCACGCAUUAUGUGCGGCCCUACCUCCUUCAAUUGCAAUCGCUACUCACCCUCACGUGCUUAAGUUGGUAUUCUCACUCCCACAUGAAUUCAGGUGUGAUCUGUGCAAUAAACCAAGCUACAGAGGGUGGGUAUACAGAUGCAACCGCUGUCGGUUCAAUAACCACCUCACCUGUGCUAUUUCUUGCUAUCGAGCGGACCUAACUAGGGAAGAAGAUGCGAACAAAGAAAUAAUGCAACUACUAGCGCAGAAAUUUACCAGGAGUGAAGUGGCCAAACCGGUCGAGAUGCCUAGCCCUUUAAGAGAGAACGUCAACAUCAGGAGUGCCUGGACGAAAAGUCCUGAUUUGAGUAGAGGAAAACUCGACACGGUUUCAACUUUGGCGACUGCAGAACAGACAAGUCCAAAGGAUAAAUCGCCUCUGCUUUCUGAAGGCCACGCGACUCCAAGUCAUCAGUUCAGCGACGCGUACUUCUCGAUCGAUUUGGCGAAGUCUUACUCAAGCUAUCUAGAGAAAAAUCAGCCAGGAAAGGGAGCUGCUGAUCAAGAUGCUACAUAUGUUUCUGGAGCAAAAGAGAAGAUGAAUUCCAGUGGCAACGUGAUGCCGGACAAGAAUGUGGGAGUGUCCAAUCAAGAAAAGCAGCAAAUGAAUCAACGGAACACAGUUGGACAUGGCUUAGCGUCACAUUAUAAGGUGCCAGAUGCUAGGACGAACCAAGCAUUUGUAACAUCGGCUGGGGCUCAUCCCGUGCAGCAGUUCACACUUCAAAUGGACCAAUACAGAUACGCCGAUGGAUCCAUCAUCAAGUCACUGAAUCAAGAUCAGUGCGCCGGAUCAGCUGCAGUGAGUACCCCACUAUUACUGAUAAGAGCUCCAAUUUCCCUUGCUUGCAGUGAACAGUGGACAGAAACGCUAUAA